AUGUGGAGCACCCUUUCUAACAAAAUCUCACAAAAGCCGGAGCAAAUCCCGGCCACCUUCAAUCGCGGCUUGCACUUACCGUCUAUUCACUCGAAGAACAACCAAUCUACUGCCAGCAAUUCAGUCUACAACCCUCAAAAACCUCCUCUAGAAGCUACAGCAACACGGAAGCCCAGACCGGAGCAUUUUUCUAAAAACAAAGAUCUGCGGAAAAGUCCAGAAGGAAGGGCAAAUGAUGAACAUGCUCUGGAACUCUCAAAAGUCUCCCGCCUCAGCCCAAGAACAGUCCUGGCGACCAAUAACACGUACCUAACAUCAUACGAAGAAGAAGAAAUCAAAGACUAUCCCUCAAUCUACUUUUUCGGAAAAGAUUCGAAAAAACUCGAAGGAGUUAAGGGUCUAGCGCACAAUCAUGGCUACGACGAUGACAGUGGUAGCUAUCUUAAGGUGCUACACGAUCAUUUGGCGUACCGAUAUGAGGUUCUUGAGGUCAUCGGAAAGGGAUCGUUUGGAUCCGUCGUGAAGGCAAUGGACCACAAGACCAACAGUCUAGUCGCGGUCAAGAUAAUAAGAAACAAGGCCCGAUUUCAUAAACAAGGAAUGAUUGAAGUCAAAAUUCUCGACGCGUUGAGGCAAAAAGAUCGCGACAAAAAGCUGAAUGUCAUUCAUAUGAUCGAGCAUUUCACCUUUAGGAAUCAUCUUUGUAUAACCUUCGAACUCCUAGGGAUGAACCUUUAUGAGCUGAUAAAGAAGCACAGUUUCCAAGGCUUCAGCCUGUCAGUCGUCCGAAGAAUAGCAAUCGCUAUCCUCCGCUGUCUACGCGCCUUAUUUGAAGAACGCAUAAUUCACUGCGACCUCAAGCCUGAGAACAUUCUGAUCUACCCGAAAGGAAAAGAAGGUCAGAAUGGCAUCAAGGUUAUCGACUUUGGCUCGAGCUGUUAUGAGAAUGAGAGGAUAUACACGUAUAUCCAGAGCCGUUUCUAUCGGGCGCCAGAAGUGAUCCUCGGCCUGCCGUAUUCGAUGAGUAUAGACAUGUGGUCGCUUGGAUGCAUAUUAGCGGAGCUCUACACGGGAUUGCCGAUCUUCCCUGGCGAGAACGAGCACGAACAAAUCGCUUGCAUAAUGGAGGUGUUCUCGACCCCACCACCAGAUCUGCUUGAAAAAGCCACUCGCAGAAAAGUCUUCUUUGAUUCCAAGGGCCAGCCCCGAUCGCUGGUAAAUUCUAGAGGAAAGAAGAGGAAACCGAAUUCGAAAAGUUUGGCGUACAUGAUGGGGACGGAGGACAAGGACUUCCUCGACUUUUUGUCGAAUUGUUUUACUUGGUCAGCUGACUGUCGAAUGAAGCCAUUUCAAGCAACAGAGCAUGAAUGGAUCCGCCAAAGAAAAACCCGUCAACGAGUACCUUCUAAGUCAGUGAACAUCUUCAUUUUGAUCCUUGUUGGCUGGCCAGUCGCCUUCUUCUGCUCUGGAAUCUACAUCAUGGUCUCUCCAUUUGCUGCUUGUCUCGGUUCAGGGUGCGAUAAGAUAACCAGCUUGAUGCAAAACGGGGUGGAAUGGCCUCGAGGCUUGGGCAAGGCCAUUGCCGGGGGAGAUGACAGCAUGGGCCUCUAG